UCUGAUGAAAUAACAUUCAGAAGAAAUACAUCAGAUGAACUGUUUGGUGAUUUAAUAUAUUAUAUGCACAACUACCAGCACAUCUUGGCUUUGGAAUUUGCAAUCAAAGAAAUCAAUGAGAAUUCCAGGAUCUUGCAAAACAUCACCCUCGGUAUCCAUAUCUCCAAUAGCUAUUACCUGCCAAAAUGGAUUUAUCUGGCUUCCAUGGAGCUUCUCUCUACAAAGGGAAGGUUCAUCCCCAACUACAAAUGUGACCUCAAGGACAAUGUAAUAUCUGUGAUUGCAGGACAUAAUGCUUUCAUUGCUCAGUUCAUGUCAAACAUUCUGAGCAAAUAUAAGAUCCCACAGCUCAUAUAUGGUUCUACUGCAGAGAUAGAUGACAACAUACAAGCCGCUUUCUUCCGUCAAUUAUUUCCAAAUGAAGACCUUCAAAUUAUGGGGCUGGUCCAAUUGUUGCUUCACUUCCAGUGGAAAUGGAUUGGGCUCAUUGUCCCAAACCCUGAAAACGGGAAGAGGUUCAUACAGAAUAGGCUUGAUAUAUUUUCUAAGAAUGGCAUCUGUUUUGAUUUCAUAGAAGAAUUGUCAAAGAACUCUGUUACCAAUGAUAUUGAAAUUCAACUGAAUGGUUAUGUUUUGCUGUAUAAGGCUAUUAUGAAAAGUACUACCAACGUUGUAAUCACAUAUGGUGAAAAUCAGAACAUGGCUAUUCUUAGAAUGUUGUCAUUUAUUUCAGAAUAUGAAGACACACAAAUGAAGAGAAAAGAUAAAGUUUGGGUCAUGCCAGCACAGAUGGAAUUCACAUCAAUCUCCUUUGUAAGAUAUAGGGCCGUGGAUUUCAUCCAUGGUGCCCUGUCGUUCACAGUUUCCUCAAAGGAAAUAUUAGGGUUUAAGAAAUUUGUUCAGAUGAGAAAGCCUUCUUCAGAAGAAGAGGACAGUUUGACAAGAGUGUUUUGGGAAAAUGCAUUUGAAUGUUCUUUCCCAAAUGCUGGGUUAGAUGAGGACAGUGACAAUCAAUGCACUGGUGAGGAGUCACUGGAGACCCUUCCUGACUCUGUGAUUGAAUCUAGUAUUACUGGGCAUAGUUAUAGCAUUUACAAUGCUGUCUAUGCAGUGGCCCAUGCUUUGCAAGCUAUGCUUUCAUCUAAGAGCAGAAAAAGAAGAAAUGCUUGGGAACUCAGUCAAGAGUCGUGGCAGGUACAACCCUUUUCUAUGUGCAAUCCUCCAUGCUCAUCAGGUUAUAGCAAAAUAAAAAUAGAAGGAAAGCCCUUUUGCUGCUAUGAUUGCCUUAAAUGUCCAGAAGGUAAAAUUUCAAACAAAACAGAUGCAGAUGACUGUUUCCCAUGUUCAGAAGAUCAGUACCCAAACAAAGCUCACAACCUUUGCAUUCCAAAACACAUCACAUUUUUGUCUCAUGAAGAGCCUCUGGGAAUUAGCCUGACAGCUAUUGCUUCCUUCUUUUCUUUCAUCUCAGUUAUGGUCCUGGGAAUCUUCAUUAAGCAUCAGGACACCCCCAUUGUCAAAGCCAACAACCGGAACCUCACCUACAUUCUUCUCAUUGCUCUCCUCCUCUCCUUCCUCUGCACUUUGCUCUUCAUUGGGCAACCAGAUCAGGUGAAAUGUCUCAUGCGACAAACUUUUUUUGGCAUCAUCUUCUCGGUAGCUCUUUCUUGUAUAUUGGGGAAAACAAUCAUAGUGGUCCUUGCUUUCAUGGCCACCAAGCCCGGAUCCAAAAUGAGGAAAUGGGUGGGGAAAAGGCUGGCCAACGCUAUAGUUCUUUCAUGCUCUUUAACACAAUUCUCCAUUUGUGCAGUGUGGUUGGCAAUUUCCCCCCCAUUCCCAGAUUCUGACAUGCAUUCCAUGGCUGAAGAAAUUGUCCUAGAAUGUAAAGAAGGUUCAACCACUUUGUUUUAUACUGUUCUUGGUUUUUUGGGAUUCUUGACUGCUGUCAGCUUUUCAGUUGCCUUCCUAGCUAGGAAAUUACCUGACAGCUUUAAUGAAGCCAAAUUUAUCACCUUCAGCAUGUUGGUCUUUUGUAAUGUCUGGAUAACGUUUGUUCCCACCUAUCUGAGCACCAAGGGAAAAUACAUGGUAGCUGUGGAGAUCUUUUCCAUUUUGGCUUCUGCAGCUGGAUUACUGGGUUGCAUCUUUUCCCCCAAAUGUUACAUUAUUAUUCUGAGGCCGGAUUUGAACAGAAAGGAACAGCUGACAAAGAAAUGAAACUAA